UCGUUAACGAAACCCCACGUUCUUGAAUGCACCCCAGAUUUAAGUUGUUGUAGCAACGAGCUAAGCCAUGCCUGCAGCGUCUGUUGUUUCUAGUCCUAGACACAGUUGUUUCAAUGAAUGGUAAAUGUAUCAUCAAAUGUGGCUAGUUUUUGGCUCCAAAUACUGACUAACGAGUUGAACAACGUCGUAUGUCCUGUACUGGGUACAUUAGCUAGCUUAGCUAGCUAAGUUAGCACUAUCAAGGUACCAUAGUACCCAUACAGGCACAUCUUUGCUGGGGCAAUGUCUGCAGUCAGCAGCCUGGUCCCGGCUCGAUUCCUGACUCUCACUGCUCACCUCGUCAUCGUCAUCACCAUUUUCUGGUCACGGGAGAACAAUGUUGAAGCUUGCCUGCCUUUGGAUUUCACACAGGACCAAUACGACAAGGAGGACACCAAGUUGGUGGUAGCGUUGUCAGUCACCAUGGGUCUGUUUGCUAUAGAGCUGGCUGGCUUCUUCUCUGGUGUGUCUAUGUUCAACUGCACCCAGGGCCUCCUCUCGACUGCAGCCCAUGCCAGUGCCUCUGUGGCUCUGCUGUUCUUUCUGUUUGAACAAUGGGCAUGUGAAAUAUACUGGUGGAUCCUUGCUUUCUGCAGAGAUGGGAGUGUUGGACAUACUGGGUUAUUUUUGCCUUCUGCAGUGUUCUCCCUGCAUUUGUGGAGAUCCUACUCUUCAUCGCAGUGUUCGGACUGAAGAAGAAGCCACUAUAACCGAGAGCAGUGUUUCACAUCAAUGUUCGGUCUGGAAUGUAGUGUCCGUCCUUCCCAGCACUUGUACACAGCUGUCCAAGUGACACAUUGUGACUGUUCAAUAGUGUGAAGGAGACAUAGUUGAUGUUAGUGAUGCUGGAUGGUGAUCGUAGUGAUAAAGACAACAGAGCUGGUUAUGAUGUGGGUGGUCAAAGCUGCAGCAUCCGAUACGGUGACAGCAUAGGUUCGAAUCUGGCCUUCUCACUUUUGACACAGCCUUUAUCUAUCCAUCAAUAGUCAGAUUAUUUUAUUUAUUUAUUUUAAGCUGUGGUCUGUGUUUCAGGAUUGUGGGCGUUGUAGAUGGAAACAGAGCUACUGUAUGUACCAAGGCGGAGAGGAUGAUUUGUAAAAACUCCAGCGUAUUGAUCCUAAUUGCUACGCUGAAUGUAUAGACACAAGUAACCAUCUUUCUCUUCACCAUGCUAAAUGGUCCUGUGUACCAUAGGGUUUUAGUACCACCUUUCUAAAACGUUUACCUAAAAAAUAUAUGUUUUAUCAAGCUGAGGCUAUCCCAGUUUGUUUUUCAUUUCAUUGUAGAGUCACUUGUAAACCAUUUCUUUCUUUUAAUAUACUUUUUAAAUGAAUCUAAAAUGUGGUGAUAUAGGGGUGUAGCUACUAUCAGAUAUGUCAAAUUACGAUUAAAGUAUUUUACUUGUGUAA